AAUUAUUUCAGAUGGUAAUUACACCAUUUACUAUCUCUCAACUUCCUGAAUCUAGUUAUAUGAAUUCGUUCGGAUAUGAUGCAUCAUCAGCAUGUAAAAAACCGUUUGCAAGGAAUGCAAAAGCGUACUUCGAAAAACUUCCAUGUGAUUUUCAACAUCAAAAUUGGUGUACCGUAGCUGGAAAAUUUUAUCCAUGGCAUGCAGUAAGAAGAUUUGUUCAAGAAAAUCAAGGUUUGAUGAGACGAAUGUACGGAGAUGAAAAACAUAUUCUUGUUCUGAAAAAUGAACUAGAAAAAAAUGAUAUUGAUUUGGAAAUCGAGCAACGAAAUCCAAAACUUUUUAAUGACCCCCGUGGCUUUUUUGGAGACUAUGAUUACAAUCAAAAUGAAGAUGAUUAUCAAAUUAACAGAAAUAAAAAUCAAGAUCAUACAUUCACGGAGACAAUACCAAGAUUCCAUGAUUCAACGAGACUACAUCCUCAAUUUACAGCAUCUUCUACGUAUCCAUCUACAAACACAGUUUCAUUGAACGAAAACUCAUUACACUUAAACUCAACUCUUUCAACAAAAUUAUACAAAGCUACAGCUAAGACAGAAUCAAAUGAUAAAUUACCAAAUGGCCUCAAUAAGACUGAUGAAAAUAAAGAAAAUAAAAACUCAAAAACGACAGUUCUAUUGUCAGACAUAGCUCGAAUCAAAAAUUCUAGUAUCGAUAAAAUGCCAGAUUUUCUAUCAACAACGGAGUAUAAUAUAUUAAAUCUAACAACAACUAAUCCAAUAAGUUCAUUAGAUAUAGAAAAAACAACCAUCAACCCUGAAAGUUUUGCUCAAACUUCAACGACUCUUGGUGAACAAAUUGAUUCGAACACUGAUCGAAUUAAUAAAGACGAAUUGUCUACCAAUGAACAAAAUUACCAAUCACCAAAACCUCAUUCAGAAUAUAUAUUAUCUGAUAAUAAACUUAACAAUAAAAGUCAAUUAUUCCAAGAUGCAACAAAAGAGCAGACUGAACGACCAGUUCUCAAACUACGCGGAAUAAAUGCAUGUCCAGUAAAAGAAGAAGUCGUGGCACCGUUUUGGGCAAAUAAUACUCGUGGAGAAGUUUUAGCGCUUUUAAAUUUAUAUCCUUUUGAACAAUAUGUUCAUUGGGAAAAAUGCACACAUGAAAAAAAGCAGAUGUAUUGCAGAGAAGGCUGCAGAUGUGAACAACAAUAUAGACUUCAUCGCCUCCUUGCUUAUGAUCCAAAUAACGAGUGUCGAGGAAUUUUUAGUGAUUGGUUCAAAUUUCCGAGCUGCUGCGUUUGCCGUUGCUAUGAUUUGCCGAUUGAAUUUCGCGUUACCUCGCGCUCACCUCGCUUACAAAGGCGAAAAAUAAAAAUACGAAAAUCAGUUGACUGA